GUUCGCUAAUCUUCAGUAACCACUCAAAAAGAACGACAAGAAGCAAGCAAGCAAGCAAGAGCAAGCAAGAGCAAGAGAAGAGAAGAGAAGGAAAGUGAGCGAUGCAGGCGUUGUCGACUGCGAGGCUGCUGACAGCAGCAAGGCUCUCCCCACGGUUGCUGGCGCCAACAACGCGCCUGGCAAGCAGCAUUCGCAAGAGGAGAACGGCCCUUCCCAUGAACACUGGUAUCAACUUUGUUCCUCAGCAAGAGGCGUGGGUGAUUGAGCGGUUUGGAAAGUUCUUCAAAGUCCUGGACCCGGGUCUGCAACUGCUGAUUCCACUCGUGGAUGAGGUCAAGUAUGUGCACUCGCUGAAAGAAAUUGUCGUCGAAAUCCCCUCGCAGUCAGGCAUUACUCAAGACAACGUGACGCUUCAUUUGGAUGGUGUGCUGUAUCUUCGCAUUGUGGACCCGUACAAGGCGAGCUAUGGCGUGGAGGAUGCCGAGUACGCGGUUGCACAGCUCGCCCAGACCACGAUGCGCUCUGAACUCGGCAAGCUGAGUCUCGACAACGUGUUCCGUGAGCGGCAGGCCCUCAACGAGGCCAUUGUCGACGCCAUCAACGAUGCGGCGGGCCCCUGGGGCGUGUCGUGCAUGCGCUGCGAGAUCCGCGACAUCAUGCUCCCAGAUCGCGUUGUCGACGACAUGCAACGCCAGGUGUCUGCUGAGCGGAAGAAGCGGGCGGCAAUUCUCGAGUCGGAGGGAUCACGCGCAUCCGCCAUCAACGUCGCAGAGGGAAAACGAACAGCCGUCAUCCUUGCCUCAGAGGCGAACCGGCGCCAGCAAGAGAACAUUGCUGAGGGUGAGGCCGCUGCGAUCAAGAUCAAGGCGGAGGCGACGGCGCAGGCCGUGGAGAAGAUUGCGGCCGCAAUUCAGAACGAGGGCGGCAAGGACGCUGUUGCCCUCACCAUCGCCCAGCAGUAUGUGGAGGCGUUUGCGAAGCUGGCUAAGGAGAAUAACACCAUGCUGCUCCCCGCCAACAUGAGCGACCCAGCCUCAAUGAUCGCACAGUGCAACCGGUGCCGGACAGACCUCCACGAUGCUCUCGAAGAAAAUGCGCAGGGCCAUGUGCUUCUCUUUGUCGCUCCAUUUCACGAGAAUGGGAAGGGGGACGGCCUCUGA